UGUGGGGAGCUCUGGGGUAAGGAGCUUCACUCCAGGAGUGAACGCUGGAGGAGAAAAUUGGCUGGAGCAGGAGCCUGGCAAGUGGCAACUGCAGCCCUCAGCUGCUUCAUCAGCUCAUCCUGGCCUCUGGCCCUCAGCGAUCCAGGACGAGGGCUCCACUUGAACUGGCAACCACGGCCAGGGCAAUGGCAGGGACGGAUUGUACCCCAUCCCCAGUGCUCCCUGCUGCUGAGCUCCCGGCUGGCGGCACCGGCUGCUUCCCCGCAGCCUGCAGCGGCUGAGCCGCACACGGGGCCAUGGCGGCUUCAUCGGUCCUUGGCUGCUGUUCCUGCCGGGCAAGUUUUUGGUGUGGACGCCCGGUCUCCUCGAAGCUCCCCCUCCCUGGUCGGCAGCCAGCGGCAGCAGAUACCUGAUACCAAGUUGUGCAAGCACGAAGGGGGAGCCUGGCCCUGCCCGGCCCUUGAGAGCACCCGGAAGGCCGAGCUCUCCCGCCUGCCGGCCCCACCUGGAGAGCAGCUUAAAGGGCGGCUGGGCAGGCACAGCACCCGCUCUCGCACCAUGCCCGUGGCACGCAGCGUGCUCGUCCUGGCGGGGCUCUUGGCUCUCUGGGCAGAGGCACCACCAGCAUCCGCCCAGAAUGUCACCACGAAAGCCGGCGUGUGCCCCGACCCGGCGACGGAGGCAGCGAACUGCACGGUGGGGUGCCAGUCGGAUGGCGACUGCGAGAGCACCCUCAAGUGCUGCCCAGCAGCCUGCGGCAAGGCCUGCCAGAAGCCCGACGAGAAGCCGGGCACCUGCCCACCUGUCAGCCCUGGGAUCCCCAUGCUGGGCGUCUGCAUGGACCAGUGCAAGACAGACUCCAACUGCUCCGGAAACCAGAAGUGCUGCAGGAAUGGCUGCGGCAAGGUCUCCUGCGUGACUCCCCUCCACUGAGGCGCAGCCACCUCCCGCCAGCCCGGACACAGGGAAGCUGCUGCCCAAUGCGAGUCCCGCGCACCCAGUCCCCAGCCCUGCACUGUCCCCUUCAGGCUUGGAGCCUUCAGCCUCUGCUUUCUCUCCAGGUCCCUUGCUCGGGGUGCGCCACAGCCCCUGCACUCUCACCAAUAAAGCAGCCUCUCCCUGCCUCCUUCGUGGCCACCUCUC